CCCGGCCGUCCAGCAUGGAGACACCCUUGGAAAAAGCCUUGGCCACCCUGGUCUACACCUUCCACAAAUACUCGGGCAAGGAAGGGGAUAAAUUUACCCUAAGCAAGAGCGAGUUAAAGGAGCUGGUGAUGAAGGAGCUUGCUUUGGAGGAGAAGAUGAAAGGCGGAGGCAUCGAUAAGCUGAUGGAGACACUGGACAAGAACAAAGACGACGAGAUAGACUUCAAGGAGUACACGGGUUUCCUCUCUGCCCUCUGCAUGACCUACAAUGAUUUCUUCCAACAGGAUGCAAAAUAGGGGGUGACAGAAAUGCCAUUGGUGCCCUGUGUGGUCAAGCAGUUGAACCCACACAAGGGCUUUAAAUAAAGAGCUCUCUCUCCAGGAACUCCUAAAGCGAUCUAGUUCUUAAGGCUGCCUGCAUAUAUGUCUGUAUUUGAAUGGGAUACGGGUCUUUGUGGGAAGAGUAGGGUCACCAUUCUACACUCAUCCCCUUCCUGAAUGCUUCUGCUGCAUGGUACAUUAGCCUGAUCUACAUCCAGGGCUUACAGUGCCAAUUCUAUGCACAUUUACUCAGAAGUCAGUCCCACUGGGGCUCACUCCAAAGCAUGCACACAUCAAUUUUUCUAAGAUUAAAGGUGCCAGGCUGCUUGGCAAAGUAUGGACGAAGCCUGUCUUUAGUGCCUAUCCAUGUAUUUCAAAUGCAUGCCCAGGGAUGCUCAAAGAUCAUCUCAUGCACAGUCUAUUAUUUUGCACACGGCAGCUGCAACAGCCGCCACCGAUGUAGUCUCUUUUGGACUGUGGUUAUUGUAUGAGAAGGCAACACUGUUUAUCUAAUAUAUAUUUAACCAGAGCCAACGCCCUCGGCUUGUGAAUCAGUGCGGGACGGGCAGAGAAAGUGAACGCUGUGUGCCGUAAGUGGAGAAAAGCAUUCAGCACCGCAACAUAUAAUUGUGUGCGGUGGGGUUGGAGGCUCCACAAGUGAUGCUUGUUAUAAAAAUAGGGGCCUUCCAAGCACCUAAGAGG